GCCAAGUUAAUUAAAUUGAUAAAAAUUGCCGCUUUGUUGGCUAUAUAUACUAGACCAGAGCUGGUAUGACUCUUACAUUGUUGCAUGCUAUCGUAAGCUGUUGGUGAGGGGGCAUGGUACAUGGUUGGCAGCCUAGAAUAUGCCCGCCAGCUGGCAGUCUUGUACAACACAUUUUCUGCGCACCAGUAAUUUGGAAAUGGCUCCUUUUUUUCCUUGUGCCAUCUACUGGGAACAAUCUGCGUCUCGUAUUUUCCGAGUGAUCUUUUUUAAUACUUGCUCUAUGGAUUGUACGCCGUCUGAACUCGUUGCACCCGCCACAUUCAUCGGCCUUGUUUGCAAAGCCGUGUCUCAAAUUUCGACAAACACAUGUUCAUCUUGCAUCGAAAAUCUUGAUAGCUUCCGUUUGCAGUAUACUUUCUUCGGACAAAAAACCGUAAUCUAAAAUUGCAUGUCUCACACAAUUAGCCAUUGUUUGCCGCAUUAAGAUUCUCGCGUGACAUCUUCACGAAGCAUCGGCAGGCCGACGUUUUGACCAUGCAGAAGUUUCUUGAUGGCGAGCGAUGAAAUAUAAAAACUUUGUAUACAACAUAUACUCUGUGCAUCAUAACGAAUGUGCAUGCACCUGGGGAUAUCAUCAGUAGUGAGAAGCAUUGUUCUUCACCUGCCUUAUCGGGUAUGCAUGCACACCACACCCCGCCCCCAUAAACACCACCAAAAUGUCAUGCUAGCGUAUCAACUAACGAUAGUCUGCAUCUGGACGCUUUAGCGUGUAAUCUAAGGCCCUGGCAGCAGCGUUCCAGUGCAAUCUGGACCGCAGCUGCACCGGCAUCGGCACCAGCAGCACCCCAAAUGGCCCUUUAUGGAGAGAAUCACGUCGGGUGCGAGUGCGACAUUCUGCCUUUGUUCGGCGCCAAAAGUUCCAAGAUAUCCUCGUGGUCUGUCUCACCUGUCUUCCGUUAACGAUUGCCCCUCCCCCUUCCCUACCGCUUCGUUAUUGUCUUCAAAGUUAGCGUUUUAAAGUUUGUCAGGGUAUAAGUAUAAGCUACCACCCCUCCUCACAUCAAUCGUUCUACCAUCUAUCACAAUCUACAUCCAUCACUCUAUACUCUCCUCCCUCUCAACUUCUCUACUUUUGUUUUAUAUUCUCCUUGUUAUACACCUUCCUCACAAAAUCUCCCACCAUGUACUCCAUCUCCUUCCUCAUGGCGGCGCUCGUCUCCAGCGCCACUGCCCGCAGCCUUAUUCUCGAGUACGUGGCUGAGCUCCCUCAAGGCUGGACAGUCGCCAACAAGGCUGUUGAUACUGGCAAGAACAUCAACUUUAAGAUUGCCCUGCGCCAACCUGCCGCCGAUCAGAUUGCUGCCCCUCCUGGCGCCCAGCAUCUCACAGCCGAUCAAGUCAGAGCGCUUCAAGCGCCAGAUGCCAAAGAUGCCGCUGCCGUCCUCCAAUGGCUUGCCGCCAACAGUAUCACAAAUGUGAAGCAAAAUAACGAUAUUAUUUCCGUCAGCACCUCGGUAGAAAAGGCUGAGAAGCUGCUCGAGGCAAAAUUUGCCCAUUACGACUUUGACAACCAAGCCACACUCUUGCGCACCAACCAAUACGCCAUUCCUGAAAACCUGAAGGGUGCCAUUGACUUCAUAUAUCCCAUUACACACUUCAUGGACCCAGUACGCAGGUCUGCUGUUGAGCAAGAUGCAGCACCCACCCAGGCCGUGUUGGAUUCUGUCAAUGCCGCCUCGUGUCUUCUAUCUGUCACCCCCGAAUGCAUCAAGUCACUCUACAACGUCAAGUACAAAGCACCAGACACAGAACCCAAAAACAGAUUAGCCGUUGCUGGCUACCUCAACGAGCAUGGCAACCAUGCUGACAAUGACGACUUCUUCAAGACAUUUGCUCCGAAGCUGUACGCAGCCGGCUACAAUUUUAGCGUCGAGCUGGUCAAUGGUGGUCAGAACCCUGAUACUCCCCACACAGGAACUGGCGAGGCCAUGCUUGAUCUUGAGUAUGCCAUGGCCCUUGCUUACCCGUCCGCCACAACAUUUUACUCGACAGGCGGUCUUGGUGGCAAGCUCGACGACAGCGGCAACCUAGGCGCCAGUGAUAACGAGCCAUACCUCGAGUUUAUCCAGUACUUGUUGAACAAGGGCGAUGACGAAAUUCCACACGUUCUUUCUACGUCAUAUGGUGAUGACGAACUUACUGUUCCCGAGACAUACGCCAGGCGUGUUUGCGAUCUUUAUGGUCUUCUUACGAAACGCGGCGUCAGUGUGAUCCACUCGUCGGGUGACGGUGGUGCUGCUGGUGGCCGCGACAGCAACUGUCGAUCCAAGGACGGCAAGCACACAGAGAUUGCCAUGGCUACGUUUCCUGCUAGCUGCCCUUGGGUGACUGCGAUUGGCGGCGUCACGAAUACGGCUGAGCCCCCCUCUGGCGUUGACUUUAGCUCCGGUGGCUUCUCCAAGUACUUUACCCGGCCCACAUGGCAGGACAAGGUUGUCCCUGCCUAUCAAAAGGCUAUUGGGGGGCUGAUGGACGGCUACUACCCCAAGGACGGCCGUGGUAUUCCCGAUUUCUCGGCUGUUGCCACCAACUUUGCCGUCAUCUUUGGUGGUAUGCCGAGCCUCAUUGGCGGCACUAGUGCUAGUGCGCCUCUCAUCUCAGGUCUGAUUUCUCUGGUUAAUGAUGCCCGUCUACGAAAGGGCAAGCAGUCCAUUGGCUUCCUCAACGAGAUCAUGUACUCGGACAAGGUACGGGCUGUGCUCCAAGACAUUACAACAGGCACAAGCAAGAGCUGCUCUUUCAGCACGGGAAAGCCUGGUGGAUGGCCUGCCAAGAAGGGCUGGGAUGCCAUUACUGGCCUUGGAGUUCCCAAGGACUUUGAAAAGUUUUUGGCGGUUUUGGUUGACGCUUGAAGGGCGCAACUUACACGUAAUCUUCUACGUACAUAGUGAUACGUACAAUUGUAUAUUUAGCAGUACAUAAAUGAAAAACGAACAUGGUUUUACACUUA